UUGGCGUGUCUCCCACCUAAACGUGGUCAGGGCGUGGGCGUGACGGCCGGAUGGCCCCGAGGAGGACUGUAACCUUCACCGACCACAUUUCGUUGCUUUCCUUUGAGGCCCUGGCUUCGUUGUUGAUCCCUAAAGGACAGGCCUUGUUUUCAACUCGUGUCUCAGGGUCUUGGUACAAGUGGUUUACCUAGGACGAGGCCAGCGAGGCUCGGUCCAUAACUCGAUUUAAAGCCGUCUUUUCCCUUACAAAGAGAAGUGCCUGCCCAGAAGGAGGAUGCGUAGACAUUAGUUUUAUUCAUAGAACAUGGCUGGCUCAAGAUGUCACGGAUGACUCUUGGGGAUUCUGGACAGACGAUGUCCCUGUUGUCAUAGGUGUAAGGCCGCGUUUGCAGCAUAACAUGCAGCAUCCUGUGUCACGGGUGCCAUUUUCUGGAAGAAAACGGAUGAGUGAUUUCAGAGCAUUUCUUCGGGAGGAUCCCUGAGCCUUCCACUUGUUCCAGAGCCAUUGUAUACUCCCAGGUACAUAUAGAGAUCCACUGAAGCAGUUGCCUCCCGAAUAAAAAAAAAAUAUGAAGGAAAGAAGAACAACUCCGGACAUCUGCCUCAAAAGCAUGAAGGGGGAGGAAGAAGAUGAUUCUGACAAACUGUUGUGUAAAGUUAAUAUAAGACGACAGAAGGCGUUCUUUCAGCAACCAGAAGCAUAUCCGUGGCUGAAUCAGUCUGACUUUUAUUUUAAUAUGAAUUUACCAAAAGAGCUCUUCUCCCUUAAUGUGAAGAAUGCUUCUUCGAUUAAGGCUGCCCUACUGCAUCAUAAUGGCAAGAAAAUUUCUCCUCCUUUGAGAGAAACUCCCACAAUUUCAACAUUGGCAACUACCCAGAGGGAGUCAGUUGAUAAGUCUUUUUCUCCUAUAAAAGAACAUUUUAUCAAAGGGUCUUUCUGUAUCGAUAAACCUACAGUGAGUGGUUGGCUGGAAAAAGUUCUCUGCUCCCUUAAUGACCUUAGAGAUUGGUGUCACAAAGGAGAUAACUUUGUAUGUUCUGCCAACAUCUGGCUAUCCAGACUAUCUUACAAUCAAAAACUGAUCUUGCUGCCGUUAGACAUGGGCAUUAUUGAGGAUGAACAGCAAAGUGCAUUUCUUGAAGGAAUAUACACUUAGAAGACUCUAGAAAACAAGUCUUAUUCUCCAUUACCUAAUCUUUUAAUGCCUCAAGGGAAGGAAGAAAAAAAUAUUAGUUACUUCACCAUAAAGAACAGUUUCUUAUGUAAUCUGUGUCUGACUUGUGAGUAAUGCUGCCCCAUCUAAUACUUAGGAUUCAGUGAACACCAGACAAAAUCAUAUUUUUGAGAUGGCCUGGUCACUGAUUGGAUCAGUUAGUGCAUUGUCUUCAUUUUGAGAUGAAUCAGAUAUGUUUUUCCUAAAACUAGAGUCCUAAUUUAAAUUUUAAAAAUUAAAAGAAGGCACAAAGUACCUGAUUUUGAUGACAUUAAAUCCUGUUUUUUAAGAGGCAA